UAAUAUUACAUACUCAGACUCAUGCUACUUGCUUACAAGCGACGCUGUAGGCUAGCGGGAUCAUCAGUUCAGUACCUCUUUUUGGCUGCAGAGUCAUAGCACAAGCGUCUAUUGCAACUUGCGAUAGGACUUGGGUAUAGGACUUAGUGUUGCAUCUCGAGGGAAAUACAUUAUGCCACCAUCAUCACCGCCGCUAUCACCAUCAUCAUCAUCAACAACAACGACAACAACAGCAACACCAUCCUCACGACUACGAUCCCCACCGUUACCAGCAUCGACGCUGCAACCCUCUGUUUUCUCUCAACACUACCAACGACGACAACUGGAAAGUAUUUCGAAGAUAAGUACGGCAAAGAGUAAUAUAAAUCAUAGUAAAAUAUUGGAUUACAAUCGCGGACUGAACGGAGUGGAUGGCGACGGUGAAGGUGGAGAUGGAAGAAUAAUAGAUGGAAGAAUAAACGGAAGCAUAAGCGGGACCUUUAAGUCUAGCGCUGUCCGAAUCACCGGACACGGGCCGAAAAGCGAAAUUACCGAAGCCACGGCUCAAGUAGGAGAAGCAGGAGCGGUAAAAGCAGGUACGACUACGACCGCGACUGUGUUAACUCUAAGCGCCACUAGUCGAAACCAAAGUCGUCUCCAUCAUUCUGCACGAGACUCUGCACGAGAGCCCCAUCAAAACCCCCAUCCCCUAAUUCGUCACAAACAUAACCCCCCCAGCCUUCCUAGCCCUCCUAAUCCGCCGCCUAGAACCUCAUCGCUUCUACCGCCGCCUCGUAGUGCCAACACGAGAACAAUAUCCCUUGCGAUUCCGUCCGAGCGUUCGACUGAUUCACCUUUAAAUCACUCGCGCAACCAUUCGCGCAGCCAUUCGCGAUCUAGUAGCACUGGCGGUGCAAGCGACGGCUUUCGAAAUCUCAAUCGCUGGUCCACGUCCACUACAUCGAGCCUAGCUUCUAAUCACAAUCACGAUCACGACACCCCCCAGCCCCAACCCCGACCCCAGUCCCAGUCCCAGUCCCAAUUCCAAUCUCAGAAGCCGCAACAACAACAAAAAGUAAAAGAAAAAGAAAAAGAUCAACAGCAACAACAUCAGGCGAUACAAUCCCCACCGCGGAAACUACGCAGACGACGACCUCCUAAAGAUACGAGCGCGUCACCGAGAAUCCGAAGACCAUUAUCGCCGCCUCCACCGCCUUCUUCCGCGCCACCGAAUCUACCCCCUAUCAUCUCCCUUCCCCCUCUCGACGCGAACCCCGAAUCGGUUGUCCGCACCAAUCCUCCCGCGCGAUUCAUAAUUUGCGCCAAUUCGGCCGAACCGCAAGAUAACACUUGGAAUGACCCUACCCGCUCGAACAUAGUCGCCAAAGGAAAUUCUGCAUUGCUUCCAUCAGCGCCCGUUAUCCGUGAUAUUAUGUCUGAGAGGGAAAGGAAGAGCCAUGCAAGAGGCCGCUCUUCAGCUACGAGAGGCAGCACCGACUCGACUCGGGUCAACCGUGUCAACAAGCCGUCGCAGAAAGCGAUGUUGUCUAAAGCGUUAGGAAAGGCAAACGCCGCAGUCCAGCUAGAUAAUGCUCAGAAUUAUGCUGCAGCCCGGGAUUCCUAUCUAGAAGCUUGCGAUCUUUUACAACAGGUACUUGCUAGAACAAAUGGCGAAGAGGAUAGGAGGAAGUUGGAGGCCAUUCGACUUACGUACACAAGCCGAAUAGAAGAGCUGGACGAGUUACUUCCCACAUAUUUACAAAGUGAUAAAGCUUUACCCGCAAGGCCGGAGAGCGCUGAUGGCUAUCAUGGAGUUCAGAUCGAAUUGGCCGGCUCCGAAGACUCUGCAGAGGCCUCAGGGGGCGCGAAGAUAAAUAUGGGCGAGUCUCCCCCUCCGGACGCGUCCCGUCUUCGGUCCUCUCCAAAUCUCAACCAGGGUCAGUCGCUGCUCCAAUCCUCCUUCUCGGGGUCCCGGAUGCGCCGAAACUUCGAAGGACCUUCUCUCAAUUUACCCCAACAGGAUGGAGGCUUUGUACCUGCCCCAUUAUCACCCCGAAGGCCGGUAUCGCCUACUAAGCCCCCUACACCGGAGCCCAUUGUGCGGCAGGAUUUCUCCUGGCCAGCUGACCACCUAGCACCCGAGAACAGGGCGAGGAGCCAUAAGCGCAAUCUAAGUCACGAAUCGGGGUCGUGGCUGGAUCCAAUCGACGAAUCAGGUGGCUCGGCUUCAUCCUCGAUUCACUCAAGGACCUCGUCACUGGGAGUUAGGAGGAAAUAUCUCCGCCAUGCCAGCAGUAACACAGAGGCGGAGUUCGACGCCGCCUUAGACGCUGCAGUAGAAGCUGCUUAUGACGAAGGAUUCGAACCUAUGGAAUCAUACGACACCGUCUACGACGAUAACAAUGAUUCCGAUACCGUUGAUGUAUUGAGCAAUGCGAGGCGCAAGGUAGAAAUUGCUAAGGAAAGAGUCCGACAAACCGAGCGUGAGGCGGCAAUCGAGCUAGCCCGGGAACGAGAACGCCAAAGACAGCUGUCAAUAGAUCAGAAAUCUCAGGUCUUCAGCGGAGAUUUUUUUGAUGCUAACGAUUCAGACGAAGAAGAACUUGUCUUGGAAGAGAUGGCAAGGAGAUCCGUGAUGGAAGAAUUUUCCCCUAAGCAUCGGUCACAGCUUUCACAAUCUAGGAUCCCUAGAGAAUCUGAUUCUAGCGGAACGACCCCUCGGACGUGGCAUAGUUCGGUUGGCUCGAAUCCUCCUACCUCUACAACUAUAUUAUCAACAGUGACCGAGAUGCCCUUGCCUGGAGCUCCCUCCAAAGGUUCGGCGCCGUCAUUGCCAUCCCCACCACGAUCGCUUGCGCAAGGCUCCCCGUCACAGAACUCUCCAACGUCUGGUGUGCGUAACCGCCGUCUCUCCGGGCAAAACCCUAAGCAGCUCAAGAUUGAAACCUCUAAGCUCGGCCAGCCGCCAUCUAUCUCCACGUCUACGUUUCAGACAAAGACGGCGGGUGGUUUUAUUGCUCAACAAAGACAGGCAUUGUCGGCGACAACAACGCGACCCGGACCUUUUUCCAUGCGUGCACCCUCAUCACCUGCUAGAGGCACUAGCCCAGCAGGGGCCACAGCUCCCCCAAGCCCGCCGGCGAAUUUAACAGGUCCCAAUGAUCUUGAGGAACAUCGAACCGACUCACCGUCCUCUGCGCGGCCUGGUAUACACAAGAAUUUCUCGUCUUCCAGUCUAAAGUCUCUAAGGACUCGUCAAUUUUCUGUGUCGCAUAUCGACGACUCGGACCUCUCGCCCAACACGCCCCUUAGCCACCAAAUUUCAAACACAUCGAUCUCUCGCCAGGCAGUAAUUCCCGCAUUGCCUACACCACUGGCAGCUGCCUUUCACGAGCGAAUGGCGGGCGGGGUUGGUGGCCUACACCUUUUCGAUUCCGAUUUUCAUUCUCCGACUUCCCACUCUCCUAACCAAGUUUACCAUAGCUACCACCUUCCUCACAACCCCGACGUACCAAUACCCCUAGAACCGUGCCCGUCUGAUACCAUGCUCCGGCCUUUCUGGCUCAUGCGGGCCCUUUACCAGACGCUCGCUCACCCUCGGGGUGGAUAUAUCAGCACUCGGUUAUUUAUUCCUCGGGAUGCGUGGAAAGUCAAGGGCGUUAAGCUGCGCGCUCUCGAAGAUAAGAUUGCGCAGUGUGACUUCCUCACCGCGGCACUUCUCAAGCUCGCAAGGGUAGACAGUAAUGACGCAGAUGCGGUGCUCGAAGAGAUGCAGAGUUUUGAGAAUAUUCUAGAGACGGUCCAGACGACACUUUCGCGCAAGCUUGGUAACGAGGUGGGCACACAGGGUAUGACGCCCUUACGGGAGGACAGGGAAGCCGAGGCUGCGCCGCCAGUGCCACGUAGCGCAAGUGUUAGCGGGAAAGGGGGCGCGUUUAGCUGGCGACGGCUGAGAAACAAGGGCUCGGCUGCUAACAUGACCAGCGCAUACGGAGGGAAGACUAACAGUAGUGGAAGCGGCGGGCCUGGCGUAAGCGAGAGAGAUAUUCCGAGCUUGAUAGGAUCGGGGUCUAUACCAAGUUUACCCUUGACAGCCCACCCAAGCAGUAGGCCUGCGAAGAGGGAUCCCGCAUCAGUCAAUUUUGACGGACCGUAUGGAAACUAUAUGGCGAGCUUAGCACGAUUGUUUGACGCUGCGCAAACGGUUGAUCAAAUUGCACGUCAAGUCGAGGACCCCGGCUUACGCCAUGCGGAUAAAACUCAAGUCGGGCUUGAGCUUUGCACCAGACAUGCGGCUGAAUUUUUCGGGUUUUAUAUCUGCCGGUUCGUCCUGGCUGACCUGGCGAUGCUGCUUGAUAAAUUUGUCAAGAGGGGCAGCGAAUGGGUGCUGAACUAGAGAUGCACACGAUGUGGAUAAAUCUUGUUUAUAUCAGGAGUGGGUUAUGCUAGUUUCUAUCGAUACACUAGGGGGUAAACGUGUGAUGAAGGGAUGACGGUGCUCUUUAGCACCUACCGGAAUGGUGUCACAAUGAGAUUCCCCGGAAUAAGUUUGGUGGUUAUGAUUAGCACUUACUAGGAAGAGGAGGAUUUACAGGAUUGCGGCCUGGUUACUGGUCGUCGAUAUUCGCGAGGAGUAUAACUAUGAGUUCGGACUUGCGCCCAACUUUCUUUAACGUGUAUUUCAAAGGCGCUGGAUUAUAUCCCCUGGCUGGUCGUAUGACUU